AUGACUGUUCCAAUUUGCGUGUCUCGUCGAAGUAUCUGUGAAACAUUCGACACCUGUUGUCUCAAAUUCAGGACAAUUUCAGACAGUCACACUCAGCAAGGAGACGAAGUUCUCUCAGAGUGUACAUCGUUCGAGAUGAAACUACGUCGUAAAGAAUUGUAUGCCAUUGCAUUAGCAACAGCAGGUGUUGCGCUUUUCUCGUUACAUCGGUUGAACUACGAAGGAUCGCACAUCGUCAGCUCGAUCAUCGGCACGUUUGGAAAUUCUUGGCUGAUUGCCGGAAAAGAGAAAAAUUUUACUUUACCUCCCGAUUAUAUCAUCGAUCCAGAUCACGUGAGCUACCCUUGGAUUGGUGAUCCCACCUGCCAACAUUUCCCUGUUCAGUUUGCAAGGAAUCACACCAGGCCGAAAUGGGCGUUAACUUCAUUUCCCGGGAGUGGGGUGACGUGGACACGUCAGCUGAUCGAAGGUGUAACAGGAAUCUACACUGGCAGUGUUUACGGACGUGCAGACAAGCCGAUCGUGUUAACAGGAAAUCAUUCAAGCAACACUGCAAAUCUCGAAUGCGAAUGCACAAUUCUCAUCAAGGAUCACGACAUCGAUCAACCUAUUCCCGUUCUCCCAAUUGGAGGUUUCAAUGGGGUCAAGGGAAAUGAAACAACGAAAAAGAAUGACGAAAGAGGUCCCGUCCAUAGUUUCUUCUAUGGAUACCGAGGAGUACUUCUCCUACGAAACCCUGUAGACACAAUGUUCACUUAUGCUCAUUUCUUAGCUACGUCAGGAGAUAAAACUGGAGUAGUGUCAGAAAAUCAUUUCUCUGGUCCUAAUUGGGAAGCAUACGUUGAUUACGUAGCCAAUACGUGGGCCGACCACGCAGUUGGCUGGAUUGAGACCAUCCAGAAUGGCACUGUCCUCUUCUACGAGCGUCUGCUUCUCGAAGACACUGCUGCCGAAUUGAAACGUUUGUUGGAGGUCAUUCGUUUCAGCGAUCCUCAUCGUCCACCUGUCGAUCCACAGAGGUUGCGUUGCGCUCUGCGACACAAGAAUCGCGUGGACCGCAAACGUUUGAAGAAACCCGUGGUACCACUGACAGCAGAUCAACGGAAGAAGUUCGAGUCCUCUAUCGAGCGCGUCCAGACGAGUCUGCGGGAGAAAGGCUGGCCGUUGCUUCCCGUCUAUUUGUACAGGGAGGAUUUGUAAGAAUGGGUACACUUAUUGCUGUUUCAGCUCUCAUUUUAUUGUGUUCAAACCUUUUUAAUCGAUACUAGUCACAUGUCGAAUGCAAACAUUCAAUUAUCCUGUGAAAUUUUUCGUUCGUCUUCAUUCAAAUAAGCGUAAUUUUACAGUUGAAGAAAAACAAACAGACAAUAUAAAGGGAUACAGUUAACAUCCGUUUUUGUAAAGAAUAAUUCAGAAGCCCCACCGUCCUCUGCUGGAAACAGCUGUCAUUGUCCCGCACUGUAUACAGACUUAGUAUGUUCAAUACGUUUGCCAUAUACGUUGUCUUGUAGAUAUACAAUGGAAGCUGAAUUUUGUAGUACGUGUAGCAUCC